AUGUUUGCGGACACGAAAAGCAAAGUGACCGAAUCGGACGGUCACUCGCGGCAAACUGUGCUCCGUCCGAAGAGCCCACUUUAUCAUUUGGACGCGAUGAUUCCGAAAUCCAGCUCUUUCGAUGAAAUUGCUAAAAGUUCUAGAGGCCGAAUCAGAAGUGCGUUUUUAUUAUUCAAUUUUUUUACAAAAUUUCUGCAAAGUUCUUGUUAAAAUGUGUUCCCCAAUUCUAUAUGAGUACGCUCUCAAUUUUUCAAACAUUCAAAGUUGGCCCGUUUUCUCCCUUUAUGUGGCUGUUUGGUGCAUGAAACCAAAGAGGCAACACAUGAAAUUAACAGAAAUGAUGUUCAAAGAAGCAAAAUAAUUUUCGAGGUCAAAAGUUUCAAACCCGAGGCCUCAUUGGCGACCGCCAAUGACGUUGAAAAGCUCGGUGUGCGCGGCUCACUUGAAAUUGAUGUUUUUGCGCGCUGAAAUCCCAAAAUAACUGACUGUAACUUUUUUUCGGAAAACAAGUAAAUGAAAACGUUUAACGUGUUUCUGUCAGAACUUUGAUGCUGAAGGUUCCUGCGACCCUCAAAUUCCCCGAAAACUGACUUCCACUUAAAUGAACACAAAAUGGCCUAAUUCCAGGAACUCAAAGUGAAGAAGGCUCCGACAUUUUCGACUAUUCGGACAAUGGAAUCUCGCGCAGGUUUUCCCAUUUUUAAUCCAUUUUUUUCGCCUAAAAAUAAUCCCCAUUUGUUGGCUUAUAUCACCAUAGAAACUGACACUUCCGACCGCCCGCAUUUCUCAUUUCCUCUCACAUUUUCCCCUUAUUUUUGGGCCAUGUAAACUUUUCUAUUUCGUUUUUGCUGAUUUCAUCGACCUACAGUGAUGUAAUCCGUUCGGAAUUGUCUCUUUUUCAAAAUUCCCCCACCAAAAAAAACUUCAACAACACUAUGAAUCAUCGUUAGGCUAGAGUGUGUAAAUAAACGUUUUCACCUCACUUCUAUGCUGAAAAUCAUCAUUUUCAGCGUUUCCUUUUCAAAAAUGACGAUUUUUCAGUGUUUCGCAAUUCUCCGGAAUUUUGACAAUUGCUCCGACGAUUUGCGCGGAAACAUCGACGGAUUUCGGAGCGGAAAAUGAAGGAAUAAAACGGAAAUUCAUCGGAUUCAUCAAGAAACAUUUGCAGUGAGUUUUGGCUUUGUUCCUUUGUUUGUUUGUUUAUUUUGCAUUUCACUGCUUUCCCUGAAAAUUUGGCCGAUCUUUUGAAGCCUUCAACGUAUCUUGAAGAUACCGUAUUAAAAAAGUUCAAGAAUGUUUUUAACGUUUGUUAAAACAGUAUUUUUAAUUAGAAUUAGUUCAAUUGAUUCUGCCAAUUCCCAUUAAUCCACUCACUUCUGAUAGCCAAGUUUCGUUUGAUUUCAAAUUAAGACAAAGGUUUUAGUAAUUCGUUACUGCAGAGAGGAUGUUUUGCCGAAAGUGUUUCCGAUAUCAUCGCUUUAAAAUUGGGUUCGAUAUUUCAUCCUAAAACAGUACUGAAUCGUCUUUCGCAUUUUCGCCCCCAACAAGUUCUCCUCCCGCUUUCCCUUUCGAUUUCUCCGUCGUUUCCAACCGUAAAACCAGUUCCGAAUCCAUUUUUCUCUCUUUCUCUUUCUCUCUCUCUCUUCUAAAUAUAUUGUCCAUUUUCAUUUCUUUGGCCAUAUUUUCACGAGUGAAUUGACCCGCCGAAAAUGAGUGGUAACUGGAGAAUCGCUCUGUGAAAUUGAAAACGUGUUAUGAAAAAGGUUAGUUUGUUUGGAGGCGUCUCAUUUUUUUUCAGUUUCAAAAUGUUCCAAAACAUUUGUUCAACUUCAUUUUUCAUCCCUUCUGUUGGAACAAUGACUUUUUUGCAGCUUACUUUUCAAAUUCUCAUGAAAAUCCAUAAAAGUGUAUCCUUUUUCUGGACACCUCACACCGCACUUGGACCCAGCAGUGCUUGUAAUUCUUUUAGUUGUCAGUACUGAAAACGACUUUACAAAACGAAGCUUUCCCCUAAAUUUGGGGUGUCCAUACACUUAUGACGCGACUUAAUAACAAUCAUAGGGCUGGGCAAUUGGCUUGUUCUGGACUUUCGACCCACUUGCUGUAUUCCGGGAGCCGAUUUUGGCCGAACAGCCCGGGCUCCACAUAUCUCGGGACCAGAUGAUCCGAUCGGGCUGAAACGUGGUCCCAGCAUACUUCAAUUCAAGUCCAAGAAACCUGCAAAGUUUGAGCCCGAUCGGAGUAUUGCAAGUGAUUCAAAAUGGCAGGACAAGAGCCGGCCAAUUGCCCAAAUCAUAUUUCUCGGUUUAAAGAAAUGUUUAUCCAUUUUGUCUUCCAUCCAUAUCAAAAAAUGCCAACCUUCCGUGUUCCGAUACUUUUUUCGCCGCAAAACUUCGCGAAAACGGCCUCGAAUCCGCAGUUUGAGUGCGUCAUAAAAGAGCGAAACGGCUCGCAUAAAUAUGGGAAAAAUCGAACGAUUUCUUUCAGUUUUCGACAUUUUUGCUUCAGAAAGUUCUCAAAACAUGAAACUCACUUCCAGAACCAUUCCUUCAAUGCUAACAUCGCCGACAGACCCAAAAUCCCAAGAAAACGGUUCCCAGCCCGCGAAUUCGGCCGAAGAAGACGUCGAGAAGACAUUCGAAGCGACGGCGGCGGCGUCGACAACUCUGAGCAAAUCGGAAAAGGACCCGAAGAAAAUGAUGGAUUCCGACUCGGCCGUAUUCGAAAUCGACGAAUUGAACUCGACAAUAGCUCCUUCGAGCAGUCGACAAUGCAUUGUUCCCAAUGGUUCGUCCCCCUUUCCUUCAUUAAAACUUCAAAUUACCAACCGAUCAAUAUUUCUCUGAAACAGUAGCGAUUCUGCACGAAAAAAAAAACAGAAAAAUUGUAUAUCAACGCCAAAAAAAUGUGUUUUCCUCUCAUUUUCGUAGUCAUUUUACUCUUUUCCGACCACAUUUUUUGUGUGUUGACACUUGAACAUUUGAGGCCGAAAAAAUAAGAGAAUUAGGAAUUAGAAGAACAUUUUUCUUCUUUGUUUUCGCGAAAAUGAGCACAGAAAGAGGAGGUUGGUUGUUUUGCAAAAUUUAUCAGAUCGAAAUCUAUAAUACGAAAAAGUGCAGUGCUUUAAAUGAAAUUUGAAACAGGUUCCGAAUUGCACACUUUUCAAUGGGAUUUUGCAGACCUCGAAUGCGCGCCGGUGGCGGUGAGAAAGCCGAAGAAAGCGACGGCGCAACGGACGGAAUUCCACCCGCGUCCGCCGUUUUCGUGCGUUCCGAUCUACACGGCCAUCCUGCUCGGCCUGCUGAUCGUUCUGAUCUUCGGCGCCGUCACGACCAUCAUCGACAUGAGGCCCGCGUUUAUUUACGGCGCCGACGAGAAUUCGGGCAACUCUUCGCAGCCCUUUGUCUCUUUUUCCACUCUCAAACCGCAAUAA